AUGACCGAGCCGGUGCCCAGCAUCUGUCCGCCGCGCCCCGACCCCGGGCCGGCCAGCGCCGCCUCUCCCGCGCGCCGCGCCGCGCACACCGGGCACCGCGGGGCAGCCGCCCCUCCCGCGCGCGACCCAAGGUUCCCGGCAGGAGACGGCCUUCGCCCGGCCGGCCGGCCCGAGCUCCGGGGAGGGGCGCGCCUGUCAGGAAGGCGCGGGCUCCGCGCCCCGGCCGGUGGCGGUGACAGGUCGGGCGGCGGCCGCUCGGCCGCGUCCCGCUCAAACUGCGCCUCCCUUCCCCCAGCGCCGCCGCUCCGCGCUCCCGCCCGUCAGCCAGGCGCCGCCCGCCCGCGGUGGACACCCGAGUGCCCCGGCCCCCUGGGGGUCCCCGCGAUGGAAGUGAGGGCAGACAGAGCCCAGCGCCUGCACCCCUCACGGUCCGCCGUGCCCCCGCCGCCACCUCCGGAGAUCCGCUCUGCCACCACUUCAGGCUCUUACCGUCUGCGCCAAACCCGGCGACGCCCCGUCGGCUGCCCUUCGGUUUGAAGUUGUGUUCUGGUGAUUUCGGGGGAGGGGAUUUUUUCGGCGCGAUCCUGGCGUCGCGCUCCGCUCGGACAGGUCACCCCUUCCGUCCCGCUAGAUUGAUGAGAUCAGGCAUCACUCGAAAAUGGCGCCGAAAGCGCUGAGGCUCCUCAUUCAAAUUCGUUAGAGCCAACCCCGCCGCCCCGGGGCAUGCCGGGAACGCGGGCUGUCCCCACAGCUGUCUCGGCCGCACCCCCCUCCCGGCGACCCUGUUGCGCAUGCGGAAAACUUCUACCCCCCCCCUUGCCCCAUGCCCCGGCACAUGCGCAGAGUCUUCGUGGCGCAAGGCUCUCCACUUCCUCGGUUCCAGUCCCCCGCGUCUUCCGCGGGCGUGUGUGCCAGCGUCGCCCUUGUGCCGCAGCGGAGAUGUUCACCUUUCAGACACCACUCCGGGGGACACACAAGUUCUCUGCCUUUGAGAGGAAACAAAUUAGGGUCCAUCUUAAGCGUUUCGUGAAAAAAAAACAAAACAAACAAAAACCGCCCUUAAGUAGACUCCUAACCGCCGAGGGUGCCUCUGAGGCUCGCAGGGCUGCGCAGGAACUUAAAGCGCGCCGGGGUGGAGCCCUCGCCCUCCACCAGCGCCUCACAGAUCUGUCGCACCUAAGCCUCGAACCACUUGACGAGUGCCACUGCACCCCAAAGAAGUGUUAAAAACAGGAGACAGGAGAGCUCCUUAAGAACUGAAGAGUAAGGGAGUUGGAGAUGGCUGCCAUGGUUUGCAUUAUUGAGAAGUGACAUGUUGAGCAGUGUUCCAUUAUCUACAUUUUGCUCAGAUGAAAAUUUAUGUGGCGAUUUUUUAGAAUAUUUGUCCAAUUUUGUUUAAAAUCUUAUGUAGCAAACCACAAAUCCUUACUGAGUCAUUAAAAUGGGAGAAACCAAAA